GCCGCCGCAGCCGCCGGGGCCGGGGAUGGUGGCGGGGGCGGCCGGAGCGGGGCGGCGGCUCCGGGCAGAGCCCUGACGGAGCUCCACCAUGAGCGUGAGGCCUCCGCAGGCCCCGGACAGGUUGAGCGGCCUCUCCUCGGCCCUGGGCGAUUCCCCCUCGGAGCGAAGGUCCCCCGGCCACCACCGGCAGCCCUCGGACGCCUCGGAAUCCACAGGGCUGGUGCAGCGCUGUGUGAUCAUCCAGCGGGACCAGCAUGGCUUCGGCUUCACCGUCAGCGGCGACCGCGUCGUGCUCGUGCAGUCCGUGCGGCCAGGUGGGGCUGCCAUGAGGGCGGGCGUGCAGGAGGGCGACCGCAUCCUCAAGGUGAACGGGACGAUGGUGGCCAACAGCUCCCACCUGGAGGUGGUGAAGUUGAUCAAGUCCGGUGCCUACGUGGCCCUGACCCUGCUGGGAUCCCCCCCCGGCUCCGUGGGAAUUCCGGGAUCCCAGCAGGAGCCGGAGCCCUCAGGGGGUCCCCAGGGGCCCCCCCAGCGCAUCACGGAGCCCAGGCCCCUCCAGGACCCCGAGGUGCGGAAGCACGCGGCGCAGAUCCUGCGGAACAUGCUGCGCCAGGAGGAGGCCGAGCUCCAGCGCUGCCAGGCGCUGCUGCAGCGGCAGCCGGGCGCGGCCGUGGAGGAGCAGCUGGAGGCGGCGCGGCGGCGCCUGGGCCAGCUGCAGCUCAAGGUGCAGCAGGAGGCGCGCGGAGCCGCGGCUCUGGGGGCCCGGCCCGUGGAAGGGGAAUUCCUCCGGAGCCUGGCGGGGCCGGGCUCGGGAUCCCCGCAGCUCCCGGGGCGCUGCCCCCGGCAUCCCCGGGAUGCGGAUCCGGAAUCCGGCCCUGAGCGCGUCCCGGCCCUCGCAGAGGUAUCCCGAAAUUCCGGCUUUUCCGAGCCCGGCAGCCCCCGGAGCUCCCCCGUGCUCGGCUCCCGCCUCUCGGAUCCGGGAUCAGCGAGGCCCCAAAUCAUCGGCCCCGAGGAGGAUUGUGAGCCUGGGAGCGUCAGCAAUGAGAGCGAUUCCGUGUUCCAGGAUUUGGGAAUUCUCAAAUCCCGCCCGGCCCAUUUGGCAGUUUUCCUGAGGUUCCUCUUCUCCCAGGCCGAUCCCACUCCUCUGCUGUUCCACCUGUGCUCCGAGGUUUGCUGCCAGCUGAGCAAUCCCAGGGAUUCCCGAGCCUUGGGAAGGAACAUCUGGAACAUUUUCCUGGACAGGAGCGCGCCCCUGCGGGUGAAGGUGUCGGAGCAGCUCCUGGCCGAGAUCGAGCUCCGCCUCCGGAACGGCGACGAGCUGCGGCCGGCCCUGCUGGAGGCGCAGGAAUUCGUUCUCCCGGAAAUCCAGGAGCAGCUCCAGGACUACAGGGCCAAGCGCACGCUGGGGCUGGGCGGCCUCUACGGAGAGAACGAGCUGCAGCAGCUGGAAAAACAGCUGGAAAAACAGCUGGAAAAACAGCUGGAAAAACAGCUGGAAAAACAGCCGGAAAAACAGCGGGAACAGCCGGAGCCGCCGGAGCAGCGGGAACACCGGGAAUGCCGGGAACGCCGGGAGCGGGAACGGGCGGCGGCCGAGCGGCAGCUGGGGCACCUCAUGGACAUCCUCUCCAAGUACGAGGAGGAGCGGAGCUCCCCCAUGGCCUUCGCCCUCAGCACCUACAUGGCCCACGCCGGGAUCCGGCCCCAGGAAUUCCGGGAAUUCCGGGAAUCUCGGAACCCCGGAGCCUCCGAGAAGAUCCCGGACAAGGACAAGUGGCUGCCCUUCUUCCCCAAGGCCAAAAAGCAGAGCAGCAGCUCCAGGAAGGAGAAGGAGAAGGAGCAGAGGCAGAACCCGAUCCUGCGAUACAUCGGGAAGCCGCGGAGCUCCUCGCAGAGCACAUUUCAUGUCCCCCUGUCCCCCGCCGAAGCAGUGAAGCCGGGGAACGUGCGGACCAUGAUCCAGCACUUUGAGAACGGGCACGGGGAGCCGGCGGAGCCGGGCCCGCAGCGCCUCUCCACCGGCAGCAUUCCCGAGGAGCUGCUGGAGCCCGGCAGCAGCUGCCGGGCCGAGGUACGCCUGGGCCGCUCGGAGUCGCUGAAGGGGCGGGAGGAGCUGCGGCGCUCGCGGCGCCCCGAGCCGGUGCCGCGGUCCCGCAGCGACGUGGACAUGGACACCGGGAACGCCGGGAGCGCCGGGAGCACCGGGAGCGAAACCCCCCGGCUGCACUCGGCCUCCUCCUCCGCCUCCAGCCUCUCCAACAGAUCCCUGGAAAAUCCCACCCCCCCCUACACGCCAAAGAUGGGGCGCAGGAGCGUGGAUUCUCCCAGCCUGGGCCUCGGGGCCGAUCCCUUCCUCCCGCACCUCCUGGAGGACGAGCAGGGCCCCGACCUGGAGCCGGAUCCCGAAUCCCAAAAUCCCCAAAAUUCCCAGCCCAAUUCCCAGGGCUGGCAGCAGAAUUCCCCCGGUUCCCAGAGCUGGCAGCACUCGGUGAGCCGGGAGCUCCUGGCCAGCCUGUCCCAGCGGGAGGUGGAUCGGCAGGAGGUCAUCAACGAGCUGUUUGUCACCGAGCUGUCCCACCUGCGCGUCCUGCGCGUGCUGGACUCGCUGUUCCUGCAGCGCCUGCGCCGGGAGCAGCUCCUGAGCCGCGAGGAGCUGGGGCUGCUCUUCCCCAACCUGCCCGACCUCAUCGACGUGCACAGUUCCCUGUGGGAAUCCAUGCGGAGGCUCCGGGAGGAGCAGGGCCCCAUCAUCGGCGACAUCGGCGACCUCAUGCUGGCCCGGUUCGAGGGCGCGGCCAAGGAGCGGUUCCAGCGCGUGGCCGCCGCCUUCUGCUCCUCGCAGUCCCUCGCGCUGGAGCUGAUCCGCACCAAGCAGCGCAAGGAGAGCCGCUUCCAGCUCUUCAUGCAGGAGGCCGAGAGCCACCCGCAGUGCCGGCGGCUGCAGCUGAAGGACCUGCUGGUGGCCGAGAUGCAGCGCCUCACCAAGUACCCGCUGCUGCUGGAGAACGUCCUCAAGUGCACCCCGGCGGGCUCCCCGGAGCAGGAGAAGCUGCUGCGUGCGCGGGAGCGCAGCCGCGCCGUGCUGCGGGCGGUGAACGAGGCCGUGCGGCGCGCCGAGAACCGGCAGCGCCUGCAGGAGCACCAGCGGCGCCUGGACACGUCGGCGCUGGAGAGAACCAGCAACCCCCUGGCGGCGCAGUUCCGGAACCUGGACCUGACCUCGCACCGGAUGAUCCACGAGGGACCCCUGGCCUGGAGAGUGGGAAAGGACAAAAGCGUCGAGCUGCACGUGCUGCUGCUGGAGGAGCUGCUGGUGCUGCUGCAGCGCCAGGACGAGCGCUGGCUGCUCAAGUGCCACAGCCGGGCCGGCCUGGCCGCCGACACCAAGCAGAGCUUCAGCCCCGUGCUCAAGCUCAGCUCGCUGCUCGUGCGCUCCGUGGCCACAGACAAGCGCGCCCUGUUCAUCAUCUGCACCUCGGAGCUGGGACCCCAGAUCUACGAGCUGGUGGCGCUGACGCCCUCGGAGAAGAACACGUGGAUGCAGCUGCUGGAGCAGGCUGUCCAAGGGGCCACCAGGAGCCUCCCCGGGCCACCAAAACGGGAAGAGAGCGAGGCCAGCGGGAACGGAGCCUCCGGGCUGCUGCUGCCGGACCCCGCCGUGUCCCCGGAGCUGGCCCGGGACACCGAGCCCGAGGAUUGUUCCUCAGCUGGCAGUGACCCCGAGCCCUCGGGAAGGGCCCGACCCCUGCAGGAGCUGCUGGAGGAGCCGCGAGGGGCCGGGACCGGGGACCCCGACCCCGACCCCGACCUGGGGGACCCCGACCCCAUCCCGGGGAUCCCCAAUUCCCUGGGAAGCGCCGGAGUGGCCGAGGCAGCACUGGAGGAUUUGGAGACCCUGCGGUUCCUGAUUGUCCGGAGGCUCCGGCCGGGCCGGGACCCCGAGCCCGAGGACGCCGCCACCCCCACGCCCGCGGCGGCCGCAGCGGCCUCCGGCCAUCCCGGCGUGUCCAGCUGGGAAUUCCCCACGUCCGGCCGGGAUUCCAGGAUGUCCAGCCAGGAUUCAGCCACGUCUGGCCGGGAAUCCGGGAUAUCCAGCUGGGAAUUCUCGAUGUCCGGCCGGGAAUUCCCAAUGUCCAGCCAGGAUUCGGCCACGUCCGGCCGGGACUUCUCAGUGUCCAGCCAGGAUUCGGUGAUGUCCGGCCGGGAAUUCCCAAAGUCCAGUCGGGAAUUCCCGAUGUCCGACCAGGAAGGGCCGGAGGAGCCGGAGCCCAACGGGAUCCGAAUCAACCGGAAAGCCCAGGAGGAGGGGCCGGAUGAGGCCACGCCCCCACGCGGCUGCAGCCAAUCAGAGCCCGAGCUGUGGGAAGGAGGCGGAGCCAGCGCUGAGGGGAAUUUCUUCUACCUGAGCCUCCCCAGGGGCCCCCCCCGGCCGGGAGGGGACGCCGGGGACAGCGCCGGGGACAGCCGGGACCCCCAUGGGGACAGCCAGGACCCCCAUGGGGACAGCCGGGACCCCCAUGGGGACAGCCGGGACCCCCGCGGGGACGUCGGGGACACGGAGCUGAUCCUGGGCACCCUGGAGGAGCUGCGGGGCAAACUGCUGAGGCUCAGGGUCCUGGAAAUGGCUCACUGGCAGCUGCUGCGCUCGCUGGGGGGAGGCGACGCCACCGUCCCCAACAACGUCCCCAACAACGUCCCCAACACCGUCCCCAACAACGUCCCCAACACCGUGCCCAACACCGUCCCCAACAACGUCCCCAACACCGUCCCCAACACCGUGCCCAACACCGUCCCCAACACCGUCCCCAACACCGUCCCCGGGCGGGCCCCGCCGCCCCCCAGCCCCCGCAGCGUGCCCCAGGCCCCGCGGGGACACGGUGGCACUGCCACCCACGGUGGCACCGGCACCCACGGUGGCACUGUCACCCACAGUGGUGGCAAUGUCACCCACGGUGGCGCUGUCACCCACGCUGGCACUGUCACCCACGGUGGCACCGGCACCCACGCUGGCACUGUCACCCACGGUGGCACCGGCACCCACGGUGGCACUGUCACCCACAGUGGUGGCAAUGUCACCCACGGUGGCACUGUCACCCACGGUGGCAAUGUCACCCACAGUGGCACUGUCACCCACAGUGGCACUGUCACCCACGGUGGCGCUGUCACCCACACUGGCACUGUCACCCACGCUGCCACUGCCACCCACAGUGGCGCUGUCACCCGCGCUGGCGCUGUCACCCACAGUGGCGCUGUCACCCGCGCUGGCGCCGCCGCCCAGGGCACAGGCUCCGGCGCCCCCGCCCACCUUUAACCCGGGAGGGGGGGGAUGGGCUGGAAUUUCCCUCCCCUCCCCCAAACCCCCCCGGAAGAUUUUCCAGGGAAUUCCGGCCGGGAGCUGCCCCCGGACAGCCGGACAGACGGACAAAUGCACUUUGUUGGCAAUUCCCCCUUUUCCCCCCCCCAAAAAAAAUCCUAUAAAUAUGUACGUACGCCCCUCCCCCACGCUGUAAAUACCCCGGGUGUCCCCUCCCCCCCCGUGUGACAAUCGGGGGUGACACGGUGACAAUCGGGGGGUGGCACCCCCAAAAUCCCGGGAUUUCCCCCCAAAAGUCCGGGUUUCCCCCCCCAAAAUCCCGGAUUUGCCCCAAAUCCCGGGUUUUCCCCCCAGAAUCCCGGGGUUCCCGAUAUAAAUAUUAUAAAUAACAGAGCCCGGGGGGCGCUGGAAGCUGGGAAGAA